CAGGGAAAACAGAUUUCUAGAAGGUGUCUGUCAGUCUGGAACAGUCUGGAAGGGAAAUGGCUAUGUUCUAGUGUAGUUUACAUGUCACACUUUCAUUAGUGGGAUCCUUUUGUGAUAUUUGGCGAAACAAUCGACUUCACGACCUUCUGAAAAGCUUGGGACUAAAGAUAUAUUUGUGUUUCUGUUCUUUAGCAGUCGUGGGGUAAACAUUUUCCCUCUACGCGAUAGAUUGAUAGAUUUUUCCAUAGAGUCGACAGUAGAAUAAUUCGUUUCCAAAAUGACUUGGUCCGGAAGCAGUUGUUUCAUUACUCUGUUCGUUCUGUUCCUUUGGCGGGUCGAAGACAUCGCAGAAGCUUGCAGUUGCUCCCCUGCGCAUCCUCAACAGGCUUUUUGCAAUGCAGACGUCGUGAUCAGGGCCAAGGUGGUUGGAAAGAAAGUGGUUGAGGCUGGUAAUGACGUCUAUGGCAACACCAUCAAGAGGAUCAAGUACGACAUCAAACAGAUCAAGAUGUUCAAAGGUCCUGACCGGGAUAUCGACGCCAUCUUCACUGCACCCUCCUCAGCCGUUUGUGGCGUUACUCUGGAAACCAAUGGCAAGAAGGAGUAUCUCUUCACAGGCAAGCUGGAGACUGAUGGAACGAUGCACGUAACACUGUGUGACUUUAUUGAGUCUUGGGAGGCCAUGAGUGCCACACAAAAGAAGAGCUUGACUCAACGCUAUGAGAGUGGCUGCAAGUGCAAGAUCAUCCGCUGCACUUCCAUCCCCUGUACGAUCAGCGCCCCAGAGGAGUGCCUGUGGACGGAUUGGGUGAUGGAAAAGAGCCACAGCGGUCCCCAGGCCCAACACUUUGCCUGUAUCAAUAGGAGCGAUGGGUCCUGUGCCUGGUACAGGGGGAUAGCACCACCCAAGAAGGAGUUCCUGGAUAUUGAAGACCCCUAAACUCUACAGGCCAUCCACUCACUGCUCAGUGACUAAAGAUGCCUGCAAUUAAUAAAUGGAAGAAAAAAAACUACACAAAGCUACAAAUCUAAAUAAUUAUGAUUAAAUGAAUCAAUAAAGUAGUUCAUAUCAAUGAACUACAAGACCCAUAUUGACUGGUCAAGUUGUGAUGUCACGUAGAGAGGUCAGGUGACAGGUUGCAGGAAAUAGUCAGUUUGUAAGAGAGCAACAAUCUUGAGAAAAAAGCACGUUCUGACCCCCCUCUAAAAGCGCUUACUGGUCACUUCUUGUACAAGUGCAAUAAAAAUAAACUACAAAACAAAUAUAGCGCUUCAAGUAUUAAUUGAUCUUGUGCCGUUCAUUUGUCGCUCGCUUUUAAACUGGAACCAAAGGUGUUAUUGAAACUCAAAAAAGUUGAUAUCAAAGUGUUGUUGGCCGAUGUGGUUGUGUUUUCUAAAUAGUACAGUAUUCCUGAAAAAUACCAUCCUGAAGCAUCAUAAAGCCUGGUGCGCAUUCAGCAGGGCCCAAUGUUGUAGAACGUUCAGAUAGUAUGUUAUACACAUUAAAACAAACAUGUUUCUCUGACAUGAAGGAAGGAAUCAUGUAAGCCCUAUUCAUGGCAUUUCUAUCUGCAACAUUCAACCUUUGCCUACAACAUUCAACGUUUGCCUACUGAACAUGGCCCUGAAUAGUUUGGUUCUAAACCAGGGCUUCAGCUUUGUAAUGUCAUUGACCAAAUUAAACAUAACUCAGAUUUAGUGGAGGAUAUUAAGAGGAGCUAUAGGAGGAUGGACUCAUUAUAAUGGCUGGAAUGGAAUGAAUGGAACAAGUCAAACAUAUGGUUUCC